UCCAGGAUGGAUUAGUCAGUGAAUGAAAUGCCAGAAGUACUGUAUUAACAUGGAUGUAAAAAUAGCUUUGGCUAUUUUGGAACCUCUAUCGUGCAGUAUUGGCUUACAGGCUCUGUUGUGCUUUAAGGACUGGUAUCCUUCUCAGAAUUUCCAUCCAAGCUUGGAUCACAAAGUACAACUUUUCUGUUUUCUGCCAACAAAGGAUUCCGAUUCAUUUUUGCAAAGACUGGUGUCAUUUUUUAUUCAUUUUUGCAAAGAUUUGUGUCAUUUUUGGUUCAUUUUUGCAAAGACUGGUGUGUCGUUCUCAGACUUUCCACUCAAGCCUGCAUCUCAUAGUUCAACUUUCCUCUGUUUUCUGCAAAGGAUUCUGAUUCAUUUUUGCAAAGAUUUCAGCACAAGCACUUGGAUCGUUUGGGUUUGAAAAGGAGGAACGCUUUGCAGCUGGCAACCUUUUGAAAAGGCUCAAGGUGUUAAAAGAAGUCUCAUUUAAACUGAGGAGGGCUGAAGUGACACUGCAGACACUUGAUCCUUCGUUGCCCUUGCAUGGUACUGAAGAGUGGAUUUCCCCCCCUUCUUCUGCCAGCACGCAGCCUGUAGCCUCCUAUCAUCCUUCCGCUUUCUACAGGGACCCAGGAAUGGCAGCGAAAUCAAGCACGGACAAGCAUUUUGCAGCAGGGCUUCAAGGGAGUGCUGGAGCAUUUCCAAACUGGAGCACAAGCGUUGCCGGCUAAAGAAUGUAGCAAUGGAAAUCCCAGCUUUCGGCUCUUGGACUGGGACCUGAAUCAAGGAGGGAGGACUGUAUCAUCUCCUGCCUGAUGAGGUCAGCUGUUCAAAGGGACCCGAUGAUGACUCCUAGACGGAUUCAGGGCAGUCACUGAGUUGAGUGGUUUGUUUGUGUGCGUGGACAUAAAAGCUGCAGAAGUGUCAAAAGGAGCGAUCAUGUUUGGGGGCUCCACUGAGGCAUGUGUUGCCUGCUUUUGUAACAUAGAAUGUACAGCUUUAAUUGCAAAGCCUUCAUUAGUCCUACAGGUCAUGACCCCUUAGCCCUUCAAUUUUAAAUGGCAAGUUACAAAUGGAUCCAAGUGACUUUUCAUCCCAUCUCUGUUUUCUUUUCUUUUGGAGGAAACCAGCAAUGCAUUUGCCACCAGAUUGGUCCUGAAUAAACUUACUCUGCCUUGAACUCUAGCUUCUGCUUAAGCUGUCGCAGUCUCUCUGGGUCAGCAUUCCCAGUGUCUUCCUGUGGAACACCUUGCUAUAGUCAAUGGAUGUGAUUGCCCCUGGACUAUGACCACAGGGUAUGUGAAUGGAGGUCUAGGGGGCCACCGAUAUGUCCGGUGGAAUCGGGAAGACAGCGGAGAGGACUAUACAAAGAGUGAAGUCUACGCAGAGGAUGAACAGGGCAAACAGCGCCGGCUGACUCCUUUUGAGAAGCUCACCUUGGAUAUGUCCCAGGAUGAAAAGGUGGUGAAAGAAUUAACUCUGGGGAAGAGGAUUGGGUUUUACCGCAUCAGAGGGGAAAUAGGCAGUGGGAAUUUCUCACAAGUGAAGCUUGGAAUCCAUUCUCUAACCAAAGAAAAAGUAGCUAUCAAGAUUCUGGACAAGACCAAGUUGGACCAGAAGACACAGCGCUUGCUCUCCCGUGAGAUUUCCAGCAUGGAGAAGCUGCACCACCCCAACGUCAUCAGGCUUUAUGAGGUGGUGGAGACCCUCUCCAAACUGCACCUAGUGAUGGAAUAUGCUGGCGGUGGGGAGCUCUUUGCUAAAAUCACAACGGAAGGCAAGUUAGCAGAAGUGGAGAGCAAGCACAUUUUCUCCCAGAUUGUGUCUGCUGUUAAACACAUGCACGAGAGCCACAUCAUUCACCGGGACCUGAAAGCCGAAAAUGUUCUUUACACCAGUAACACUUGUGUGAAAGUGGGAGAUUUUGGAUUUAGCACAUUAAGCAAAAAAGAAGAAACACUGAACACUUUCUGCGGCUCUCCUCCUUAUGCUGCCCCAGAGCUCUUCAGGGACGAAAGCUAUGUGGGAGUUUAUGUGGACAUCUGGGCACUGGGGAUUCUUCUCUAUUUUAUGACUACGGGGAUGAUGCCCUUUCGUGCAGAUACAGUGGCCAAAUUAAAGAAGUGCAUUCUUGAGGGGGCAUACAUGUUGCCACCGUUCCUGUCAGAACCUUGCCAGAAACUUAUUCGGGGCGUCCUUCAACCAGUACCGUCAGAACGGUAUUCUAUCGAGUACAUUAUGAGCAGUGAAUGGAUGAAGGGAGUACAAUAUCCCACGCCCUUGGAGCCAUUUAAACUGGAUCCAAAGUACUUGUCCGAGAAUGGAACGCUAAGAGAGGAAGAAGCCGAGGUGAAAAAAAUCCUGAACAACUUGGGGAUCAUGGAGGAGCACAUUCAUAAUAACCGUGGGAGAGAUUCUCACAGCUCAAUAACUGGCAUCUACAGAAUUAUUUUGCACAGAGUACAAAAGAAAAGGGCCAUGGAGACGGUUCCUAUCAUCAGUGCACCAGAGCCCAAAGAGCAAGAGUCAAAGAAAGACCAGUCUACCUAUCGGGGCCUCAAACACUCAUCUAAGCUCUGUUUGAUUUUAUGAACUAGGUGGCUAACUGGUAUUCAGCAAACCUAGGAGGACUCCUUGGAUUGGUGCCCGUCAACUCUUACUCUUAGCAUUUUUGUAAUUUUGAAAUAAACAGUUAUGGCCUUAA